CUGGCCACUAAUGCCGGCGGACUUCGGUUCAUACGGUACGGCUCUUUGCACGGAAGUGUGUUAGGCGUGGAAGUGGUGUUACCCGACGGACAGGUCUUGGAUCUGAUGAGUCAAAUGAGAAAAGACAACACCGGUUACGACCUGAAGCAGCUCUUCAUUGGCUCUGAGGGAACACUGGGUGUGAUCACCAAAGUGUCGAUUCUGUGUCCGCUUAAACUCAAACACCAAACCGUUGCACUUCUUUCGCUUCAAAGUUACGACCAUUUGUUGAGAAUAUACGACAAAAUUCGGCGCCAAUUAUCCGAAUACUUGACAUCGUUUGAGAUGAUGGACGCCGCCUCUCUGGACGCGGUGGUCACUAAUCUGGAGCAAAGCCAUCCGCUCGGCUCUCACAACGAGUUUUACGCUAUGAUUGAGUUGUCCGCCAACGACAAGGACCACAUGGAGAGCCGUUUGUCUCAAGUGAUCGAAGAGCUUAUGAGCGAACAACUGAUUAGUGACGGCACGUACGCCAACGAUGACAAUCAUAACCGCUUUCUUAAGCUCAAGUCCUAUAGAGAACGCAUAGCGGAAGGCCUGUUGAGAGACGGAUAUAGUUAUAAAUAUGAUAUUUCUUUGCCAUUGAAUGUCUUCUACGAAAUCGUUGAAGUGAUGAGAGAACGGCUUAAAGAUACGGAUUGUCUGAAGGUUGUCGGUUACGGACACAUUGGCGACUGCAAUCUUCACUUGAAUAUAACGUCCAAAGCGUUUGAUAAGCGGAUAAAGACGACAAUCGAGCCCUUUCUCUAUGAAUACGUUGCCAAACAUAAGGGAAGCAUAUCUGCUGAACACGGCUUGGGUUUGAUGAAGAACUCAUACCUCAAAUACUCCAAACCAGUCGAAGCCAUCGCUCUUAUGAAACAGAUUAAGAAACUUUUUGAUCCCAAAAAUACCUUAAAUCCAAAUAAAGUUUUACCAAAUGAUUGA